GUCCACCGGUCUCCCUCGUCUCUGUCCCAUCAACAAACUAACUACUCCAACUCGCCGGGAAAAUCACCGACAGUCGUCCGAUAAUACUCGUACUUACUAAUUCGGAAAGUAAGAUGCUGGUAUGGCGGUGAAUGGAUUGAGAGCUGUGAAUUCCAAAGCCAUAGUGAUAAUGGUGGUGGUAUUGGUUAUGACACAACGCUCUGUUCAGCUGAGGUCAAACCAUCCAUUACAUGGAGUGGUUGACAGAGUUAACGAGAAUGGAGGCCCUUAUAUAGGGCUCGUAAUGGCUUAUCCCACUGAAGAGGCUGCUCUUCAAUCCUCUAGUCUCUUCCUUCCCAGCUCCGAUGUCCCUUCCGUCGACUUGUCCGGAAGGAGAUUCAACAUUGGAACAAUAAAGGGGGUAGCUGUGAUUUAUGUAAUGACCGGUGAGCAAACGUUAAAUGCAGGAAUUGUUGUGCAAAUCCUACUUGAUGUCUUCAACAUUGAGGGAAUUGUGCAUUAUGGGACAGCUGGUAGUACUAAUGAUUCCUUAUCUCUCGGUGAUGUUAGCGUGCCAAAUUAUGUUGCCUUCACUGGUUCUUGGAAAUGGAAGGAAUUUCAAUCGAUGAAGGGGGAAUUGCCAGAACUACAGUUUGGUUCCUACAAUUUUCCAAGUAGGGGUGAUAAUCUGUUGGCAAAAGUAGAAUUCACACCACAACAGUUGUACUCCACCGGACAACCAAUGCAAGAAGUUUUCUGGCUUCCGAUUGAACCAAAUUGGUUCAGUGUGGCCAUGCUGCUUAGUGAUAUUAAUCUACAAAGAUGCAUCAACAACACAUAUUGCCUACCCGAAACACCAAAAGUUGUUUAUGGAUUAAAAGGUUCGACAGCUGAUAUAUUCCUUGAUAAUGCAGCAUACAGAGAAUUUCUUUUCAAGGAAUUCAACAUCUCAACUGUAGACGAAGAGAGUUCUGCAGUUAUCAUGGCAUCUUUAACAAAUGGAGUGCCAUGUAUUGUGUUUCGUGGCAUAUCGGAUUUGGCAGGAGCAGGGAAGAGAGUGAAAGCAAUGAGCUUGAGCUCUUUGGCGGCUGUUAAUGCGCUUAGUGUCGCAGUUGAGUUCAUUUCAUUAAUUGGGAAGGUAAAUCCAAUUCAAUUCCACUAAAACUAGACAUGCUGAAUAUCAGCAUGGUGGUCCUUGGAAGAUUGAUGUUGUUCCAGAUUCUAUAGCACCUUCUCUACGAUGUUUUCU